AUGCGAUUAUUAAUUAUUCUAUCUAUACUGGUUAUUUUGUGCUCAGCUUACGAAGAUCUCUACAUUCUUAUCGAUGAAAUCAGUCUAUAUAAUUGCAGAGGAGUGAAAAAUGAAAUAAAAAUAGAAGAAGAAGAUGUAAAUAUUAUCAACGAAAAAGGAAAUAAGGUUUAUUAUAUCCAUGCUCCUGGCAACUACUCAUUGCAUUUCAAGCGGAUCAAAGUGGAGAAAGACUUCGGCUUUUUAGCCGGUGAAAUUGGCGUUACACUACAAGUGCCUAUUAUCGAAGGACCAGCUGGUAAUGACUCCUCGUGA